AUGGUGCCUCUCGCAACUGCUUCCCGCCUGUGUGUGCGCUCGGCCGCCGUGGCCAAGCCCGCCGUGCGCGCGCUGAGCUCGACCGCUGUGCGCCAGGCCGAUGCCCCUGCUCCCGGAGCAGCCUCAUACACCAGUCCCUUCAAGGGCGAGGACAAGGCCAACUACAUCCCCGACUUCAGCAAGUACAUGUCCAAGAGCAGCGAGACCACCAACAAGGUCUUCUCGUACUUCAUGGUCGGCACAAUGGGCGCCAUCACCGCCGCUGGAGCCAAGAGCACUGUUCAAGAAUUCCUCGUCAACAUGUCCGCCUCUGCUGACGUUCUGGCCAUGGCCAAGGUUGAGGUCGACCUCAACACCAUCCCUGAGGGCAAGAACGUCAUCAUCAAAUGGCGAGGCAAGCCCGUCUUCAUCCGCCACCGAACCCAGGACGAGAUCGACCAGGCCAACAAAGUCAACGUCACUUCCCUCCGAGACCCCCAAUCCGAUGAGGACCGUGUCAAGCGCCCCGAGUGGCUGGUCAUGCUGGGUGUCUGCACCCAUCUGGGUUGUGUCCCCAUUGGCGAGGCUGGUGACUAUGGUGGCUGGUUCUGCCCUUGCCACGGCUCUCACUACGAUAUCUCUGGUCGGAUACGAAAGGGCCCCGCACCCCUGAACCUGGAGAUCCCCGAGUACGACUUCCCCGAGGAUGACAAGCUUAUCAUCGGUUAA